AUAAACUCCCAGCCGUCACAAGCAACGUAGCGUUUGUAGAGUGAAUAACGACCUCGAUCUGUUGGUGAUCACGUUGUCGGUUGCACGUUAUACAUCCAUUAUAAGUGAUCGUUGAUUAUAAUCGUCAUCUAUGCUGCCUUAUUGAUGCAGGCAAUACUGGAUUUGGUGUAACUGUAACAUGGGUACAUAUAGAUUUCCUUGUAAAUAACAGAGCAUAGGUUUUGCUGUUGUUCAUAUUAUAACAUCGAACAUCUCAUCAAUUUCCGUGAAUACCUAGAAAAAAAAAACAUUGAUUACAUUAAUUAAAAACAAAAACAGCAGGCUUCAAAAAAAAAAAAAAAAAAAAAAAAAUAAAUACAGCCAAAUUCACCGCUAAACGAGGCUAAAACCAACAGCUGGGAACUCACCAAAAGACUCUUCAUCCUCGAUACACAGAUCAAAGGCGCGGAGCAUCAUGGUGCACGGAGGCCUCGGCCACUGCUCGACGAGGGACCACACAAUGGACGAUUUUCCCACGCAAGAGGAUGUCAAGAUCUCGUUGAUGAGAGGACCUGUCAAGACCUCAGCCGUCUGUUCCUUCUCGCUGGGUGUUCUGACUCUAAUGUCCGGCGCAGUGUCAAUCGGGAUCAUGGGAGACUUCGCCGUGCCUCUCGUUGUCGGCAGCAUCCAGGUUGUCGUCGGUGUGUUGAUAAUCAUAGGGGGUGUAAUCGCCUUCAGGAAGUACUCGAACUUCAGGAAGAGACAGGAAGUUGAAAUGUUGCUGAAGAUGGAAAAAAUAGCCAUGGGAGAGGGGGCCAUCGAAGCCAUGUUGGUCGACGGCGCUGAGGCGACUCCGGUCCUGGUUCCCAACGACGGCUCUGUGCUGCCCGAGGCCGUCGCCAACCGCGCGAGCGCCUAUGGCUCGCCGCUCCCCGCCAUCCAGAUGAGGCCAGGCUUGAUCGCGUUCUUCGGAGUGCCCGGGCGGGGCGGGACGGAAGUGACCGUCUGCAUGAGGGACUUGUUCUUCAGCCGGUUCAGGUUCUACCCGGGGAUGACACCCUUCCAUGGCUUAACCGUGAGCUUCUUCCUCAUUGGAACUGUCUUCAUCAACUCGCUCAUUCUCGUCCUGACCCUCGCGUACCCGCCGGACUCCUCGGUAUACCAGAUCUGUGCGGGCCUCGGGACCGUUGCAGCUGUCUUCAUCUGCAUGUCUGCGAUCUUCGGGUUUCGAUGCUACAGGGCCUACGUGAGGGGUCGCAGCCAGCAGGCCCACGCCGACCGUGGGGGCUUUUGAUUGCAUUGUAGUUUAAUCUUUUUGUUUGAUUGAAUUGUCUGUCCAUUAUGUAAAUUGUCUCGAAUGAUUCUAAAUUGAGCUAUUUUAUUCCCAAUUCAUUGGUGGUCCAAUUUGUCAUAUUUUCUGAGAUCAAACUAUUGUGAAAAGUAUAAUGGGAAUUAUAGAUGAAUAGAAAUGUAAAUAU